CCGGGGGGCUCGCCGAGACUUCUACUAUGAGAGAGGAGAGCGGACACCACACACACCACAUGGGAGCGCCGAGCAACCGACCUGAUGGGAUUUCAAGAAACUGCAGAUGAGUCCCUCAUGUCUACUGCAACACCAAAUGAAAAAAACACGGCACUGCAGGAGGAACUGGCAACAUGAGCUGGAGCUUCUUGACACGACUGCUAGAGGAGAUCCACAAUCACUCCACAUUUGUUGGAAAGAUCUGGCUGACAGUUUUGAUAGUCUUCAGAAUCGUUCUGACUGUCGUCGGAGGGGAAUCAAUUUAUUAUGAUGAACAAUCAAAGUUUCAGUGCAACACAGAUCAGCCGGGCUGUGAGAAUGUGUGCUACGACGCCUUUGCCCCCCUUUCCCAUGUACGUUUCUGGGUAUUCCAGAUCAUCUUGGUGGCCACUCCGCCUCUUUUAUAUUUGGGUUACGCAAUCCACAAAAUUGCAAAAAUGGAGGAGCGUUAUGAGUAUGAUAAGAAGGCAAGGUUUAGAUCCCUGUCCAAGCGGUGGAAGCAGAAUCGGGCUGUAGAGGAGGUAGAAGAUGACAAUGAAGAAGACCCCAUGAUGUACCCAGAGAAUGAGCAGGGUAGUGACAGAGGAAAGCACAGCCAUGCCAAGAUUAAGCAUGAUGGGCGAAGGCGGAUUCAAGCUGAUGGGCUGUUGAGGAUUUAUGUUUUGCAGCUGCUUGUCAGGACGGUUUUUGAGAUGGCAUUUUUGGCUGGGCAGUAUUUUCUUUAUGGCUUUGAAGUUAUAGCGAGAUACGAGUGCCACAGAGAUCCUUGUCGACACACAGUGGACUGCUUUAUAUCCCGGCCUACUGAAAAGACAAUCUUCCUGUUAAUCAUGUAUGGUGUCAGCUGCCUGUGCCUCCUCCUCAAUGUGUGGGAGAUGAUCCACCUUGGCUUUGGGACCAUACGGGACGCCCUUAACAACAGGGGGAAACAAGUGGAUGAUUCUUCUACCUGUAACUAUCCUAUCUCAUGGAACACUCCUUCAGCUCCACCUGGAUACAACAUGGCUGUGAAACCAGAUCAGAUCCAUUAUACAGAACUGACCAAUGCCAAAAUGGCAUACAAGCAAAACAGGGCCAACAUAGCUCAGGAACAGCAGUAUGGAACAAGUGAGGACACUCUCCCUGCUGACCUAGAACACCUUCAUCGGGAAGUACGCAUGGCAAAAGAACGCCUGGAAACAGCAAUUCACGCAUACACAAGUCAGAGUAACCCACCAUCCAAAGAGAAACGAUCCAAAAAAGGGUCUAAUAAGAGCAGCAUCAGCAGUCGGUCCGGAGACGGAAAGACCUCUGUGUGGAUUUAAACCUGCUACAGCAGAAAGUUGUGACUCCUUGUCUCCGGGAGGAACAGAAGGCAGAAUGAUGUCUUCCAGUCGUGUAAAUAUUUUGGUUCUGUUAAUGUUGAAGCACAGACUGCACAGCCUGGAUACAAGAAGAAGAAGAAAAAACAGUCUAUGGGUUCUGCUAGUCCUUUAUUUCUCUUGUAUCAUGAGACUUUAUUACUGUGACCUGCAGUAUGUCAGGCUAUACUUUUAUAUCUAAUGUUCUAACAUGACCAUUAAUAUGACAAUCCUGUUUUGUUAAAUGCUAAACUUUUAUACAGUCCAAUGUGGUGUGUGUGUUUUUUUUUUUUCUAACUUUGCUGGGUAGGUGUUUAAUCUCUUUCCAUCUGAGCAUCCUCGAUAUGAUAGAACCAUUAAAGUGUAAAUCUGGCCGAUUUUAAUUGGACUUCUUUUGCAAUGUUGAAGACAUUUCGCUGCUCAUCCAAGUGGCUUCCUUAGUUCUAAUGGCUACUUAAAUCAUUAAUAAAACAUCUUCAACCUUA